CUUUCGCUGGCCGUGGCCUCUGAUCGAUUGUUUGUACGGAGUACCUGGUACAGCAGUUCCCCCAAGACCUGACAUGAUCUUGUGUCUGUAGCUUGUCAACCACCAUGUCUGCCCCGAAAUCCCGCCUGGCCAAUUUGGUCGGACACUUCCUCCCUUCCUCAACACCUUCACAGGGUCAGCCCAUUGACAAUCUCGUGGUCGAUAACCGGAAGGUCGGGACCUCCUCUUGGUACAACAACCAUACACUCUCUCCUUGCUUCUUUCUCCCCCGCGCUGCAGCCAUUGAGCCCAACGCAGAAGCCAUUUAUCAUCGGACAGCGAACAACCAGAUCCUCCGGCGCACAUAUAUCGAAUUUGCAGAUCGUGCCAGAGGAUUUGCAUACUACGUGAAAAAGAAGGGUUACAAGAGAGUGGGAAUACUAGCGACAAAUACGCCAGCCUUCCUCGAGGCUAUAUUUGGCAUUGGCGGCGCAGGUUCGAUCAACAUUGCCAUCAACUAUCGCCUCAAAAAGGACGACAUUGCGUACAUAUUCGACCAUGCUGAUGCCGACGCAAUCCUUGUCGACGCCGAAUUCGUAGAGCUCCUCGACGAUUACAGGCAGAAACAUCCCACCGUACCCAUAAUCAUCGACACAGACACGGACGCGGUUGAAGGACAAUUAUGUGGGCCAUUCGAUGAAGCCGUGCUGGAAGGGCUCCGAUAUGACCAAGAGCUGGGUGCUCACGGAUGGGAUGGGUUGGAGGCACAUGCUCCAGACGAACUCUCAGUCAAUGCGUUGGCUUAUACAUCUGGAACGACCGCUAGGCCCAAGGGUGUUGAAUACACCCACCGUGGUUGCUAUCUGGGGGCACUGGGCAAUGUCAUCGAGUCGGGCCUCUCCUAUCAUGACGGAGAGCGCUGCAAAUAUCUCUGGACGUUACCCAUGUUCCACGCUAUGGGCUGGACAUUCCCAUGGGCUGUGACCGCGGCGAGAGGGACACACUAUUGUCUCCGAAAGAUCGAUUACCCCGAAAUAUGGAGGCUACUGAAAGAUGAAGGCAUCACCCAUUAUUGCGCUGCCCCAACCGUCAACACCCUGCUUUGCGCCGAUCCCAAUGCAGCGCCCCUUCCAAAGCCAGUGCGCGUCACUGUAGCGGCUAGUCCACCUACAGCACAUCUGUUCGAGCAGAUGACCAAUUUGAAUCUUCAACCAGUGCAUGUGUAUGGCAUGACGGAGACAUACGGACCAAUUACCAAAGGUUACAUCAUGCCUGAAUGGCACAAAUACUCUAACGUCAAAGACAAAUACGCCAAAAUGGCCCGUCAAGGCCAUGGCUUCAUCACAUCUCUGCCUUGCCGAGUAAUCAAGACCGAGGUUCCUGAAGGCACUGUCGUUGAUGUCGAAAAGAAUGGCAAAGAAAUUGGUGAAAUUGUCUUCAUCGGCAAUAUUUGCGCCAGAGGAUAUUACAAGGACGAAGCGGCAACCAGGAAGCUGUUCCAAGAUGGUGUCUUACAUUCAGGUGAUUUAGCUGUUUGGCAUGAGGAUGGUGCCAUCCAGAUUCUUGACAGAGCCAAAGACAUUAUCAUUUCGGGCGGUGAAAAUAUCUCAUCUGUUGCUUUGGAAUCUCUCCUCGUCACUCAUCCUGACAUCCUCGAAUGUGGUGUAGCUGCAGUGAGUGACAGUCACUGGGGGGAGAGGCCAAAAGCUUUCGUCACGAUUAAGCCGGGCUCGAAGACGACAGGCGAAGAUGUGAUCCAAUGGUCACGAAAUCAUCCUGGUAUCAGUAGAUUCAUGGUUCCACGCGAGGUCGAGAUUGUACCUGAGCUUCCAAAGACGAGUACCGGAAAAAUCCGCAAAAACAUAUUAAGAGACUGGGCGAAGGGCGCAAAAAGGGGAGGAGAGUAGAGCUACGGCUCACUCUCCAUGAGCUUUCAUGUACGAUAUCCUUCCUAGGGUCAAAUCUUGGGACGAUGUGCGGUUAUCUAGCGGGUGUAGACACGUCAGAUGGGUGUCAUGAUCUGGGUUUCGAAUCAUAUUCUCCGGGCAACGGGUCCACGAGCUUUGAUGGAGG